AUGGCGAGAAAUUUCUCCAAGGACAUGGAGGAGCCCUGGAUGAAAGAAAUCAGGAUUAUUAAAGCAUCUGCCUUUAGUGGAAUGAUAAAGCACAUGUACAUUCAUUCGCAUCUUCCUCUCCUAGUAUGCGACUCAUCCAAUGACGACUGUCUUCAAAGCAGGAGCACCAGAGUGUACAAGGAUGGAGAUGUGGUGAUUGGUGGUUUCUUCUCCCUGUACACCUGUUUAUACUUCACGGGUACAUCGCAUAUAAAACCCAGCAAGGACUUCCUUAUCAUUGACUCUGAAGGUGACAGCAGCCACUUGGGCUUCCGUGAUGGCAGAGCCAGCCUUCUGCUGCACCGCACUCACCCGCAGGUGUCAUUGUGUUCUGCGUGUCUGCACUCUUCACACUCUUCAUUUAGCACUAUUGCUCCCCUCACCUGGCUUAUGCCCAACAAUUACCAGAAUGUUCUAGCCUUCAUUUUUGCCAUUGAAGAGAUCAACAGGAAUCCUCAUCUUUUACCCAACAUAUCUCUGGGAUAUGAGUUCCAUAACUUACUUUACAGUUACUGGAAGUUAUUAGAGAGUUUCCUCAUUUUGUACACAGGACAAAAUGGGACACCUAACUAUGGCUGCGGGGCCAGGACUAAGUCCAUAGCAUUACUAACAGGAUCACCAUGGGCAGUUUCUUCUCAAAUUGGACCAUUGCUGGAACUCUACAAAUUUCCACAGCUCACCUUUGGCGCUUACGAUCCCGAGUUCUGUGACAAUGGCCAGUUUCCCUCCCUCUAUCAGGUGGCCCCACAGGAGGCAUCUCUGGCCCUUGGCAUGGUCUCCUUGAUGCUUCAUUUCCGCUGGACCUGGGUGGGCCUGCUCAUCACAGAAGGCCAGAAGGGCCUUCAGUUUCUCUCAGAAGUGAGGGCAGAGAUGGACAGGAAAGGAGCAUGCAUCGCAUUUGUAGAAAUGAUCUCAAAUUCUCUCGUAUCGUACCUCUCAAUUACAAAUCUCCAAAAUUUCCUGACCACAGAAAUAUCACCAGUAAAUGUGGUAAUCAUUUAUUAUGACACCGAUAGUCUGAAUCACAUAAACCAGCAGAUAGGGCUACAUUUAGUGACAUGGAGAGUCUGGGUCACUAACUCACAGUGGCACGCAGACCUUGCCGGGAGAAAUUUCAUCCUUGACUCAUUCCAUGGGACUCUCAUUUUUUCACCCCACCAUGAGGAGAUUUCUGGUUUUAAUAAGUUUAUCCAAACAGCUACUCCCUUCAAAUAUCCAGAAGACACUUUCCUCACUCAUGUUGAUCAUUUUAAUUUCUCACUAGACAUGGAACAGUGCACCAUGUGUCCAGAUCAUCAGUACGCUAACACUCAGAGAAACCACUGUCUCCAAAAAGCUGUGACUUUUCUGGCUUAUGAAGACCCCUUGGGAAAGACUCUGGCUGGCACCGCCCUGAGUCUCACUGUCCUCACAGCUGCUGUCCUUGGACUCUUUGUGAAGCACCGACACACUCCCAUCGUCAAGGCCAACAAUCGGGCUCUCAGCUACACCCUGCUCAUCUCCCUCACCUGCUGCUUCCUCUGCUCCUUGCUCUUCAUUGGCCGGCCCAGCACAGCCACCUGCAUCCUGCAGCAGACCACAUUUGCAGUCGUGUUCACUGUGGCUGUUUCCACUGUCUUGGCCAAAACCAUUACUGUGGUGCUGGCCUUUAAGGUCACUGCCCCGGGCAGAAGGAUGAGGCAGUUGCUGAUAUCAGGGGCACCAAACUCCAUCAUCCCCAUCUGCUCCCUGAUCCAGCUCACUCUCUGUGGAGUCUGGAUGGGGACAAAUCCACCCUACAUUGACACAGAUGCUCACUCUGAACAUGGCCACAUCCUCAUCGUGUGCAACAAGGGCUCCCUCACUGCCUUCUACUGUGUGCUGGGAUACCUGGGCUCCCUGGCCCUGGCUAGCUUCACCGUGGCUUUCCUGGCCAGGAACCUGCCCGACACAUUCAAUGAAGCCAAGUUCCUGACGUUCAGCAUGCUGGUGUUCUGCAGUGUGUGGGUCACCUUCCUCCCCGUGUACCACAGCACCAAGGGGAAGGUCAUGGUGGCCAUGGAGGUCUCCUCCAUCUUGGCCUCUGGUGCAGGACUGCUGGGCUGCAUCUUUGCCCCCAAAUGCUGCAUUAUUUUGUUAAGGCCAGAAAGAAAUUAUUUGCAUGGAUUUGGAGAGAAAGCACAUUCUGGAAGAAAAGUGCCUUCUUGA